AUGCCAUUGGGUCUUGAUACACUGGACUUUGCCGUUCUUUGUGGACUGGCUUUGGCCGUUGUGGCCUACUUCAGCAGAGAGAAGCUGAAGAGCAUUCUAUCUUCAUCUCCAGACAGCACGCAUGUAACUGGCGGGUCGCGAGAUAUCGUGGAAACGCUUCGCAGCAAUGACAAAAACUACCUGGUUCUGUACGGGUCGCAAACCGGUACAGCAGAAGACUACGCCAAGAAAUUCGCCAAAGAACUGGUUUCCAAGUUCUCGCUUCGCGUAAUGUGUGCCGACGUCGAAAUGUACGAUUUGGAAAACUUGCACGAGCUGCCCGAAAACAUCGUGGUUUCGAUCUUUCUGUCCACUUACGGAGAAGGUGAUUUCCCAGACGCGGCCAUCCCAUUCGAAGACUAUUUGAGUGGAUUGAGCAGUGGGGAUCUCGAAAACGUGCGCUACACUAUCUUUGGCCUCGGAAACUCGACCUACGAGUUUUUCAACGGUGCUGCGAAAAAGGCUCACAAGCUCCUCUCUGAGGCCGGCGCCAACCUCUUGGGCAAGUGUGGCGAAGCCGACGAUGGUGCUGGCACCACCGACGAAGAUUACAUGGCUUGGAAAGAGGCUUUGAUGGACUUGCUCAAGUCAGAACUUGCCCUUGACGAACAUGAACAAAAAUUCGAGCCCAAUUACGAGUAUUCGGUUCUUGAUAUCAGCAAGACGGACAAUACCGUUUCUUUGGGUGAACCAACUUUGCAGUACUUGCCAUCUCAACAACUUACUUACAGUCCCGAAGGAAAGCAAACUGGUCCCUUUGAUGCUACACACCCAUAUGUUGCACCUAUUGUCAGGUCAAAAGAGCUUUUCCGUUGUGGUGAACGUAACUGUAUUCAUGCCGAAUUUGACGUUUCGGGUUCCAAUCUAAAGUACUCAACGGGUGAUCAUUUGGCCGUGUGGCCUUCGAACUCUGACGAAAAAGUGGAACAAUUUUUGAAGUGUUUCAAUUUGGACCCCGAGGUGGUCUUCUCAUUGAAACCGAAUGAUGCCACUGUCAAGAACCCGUUCCCAUUGCCAACCACGAUAGGAGCCGCUGUGAGACAUUAUUUGGAAAUUACGGGCCCUAUCUCCAGACAGCUUUUCAGCUCUAUUAUUCAAUUUGCACCUAACGACAUACUGAAAGAAAAGUUGAACGAGCUUUCGAAAGAUAAGGACCAAUUUGCCAAAGAGAUUCAUGUCAAAUAUUUGAAUUUGGCAGAUGCACUUUUGUAUCUUUCUGAUGGUGCAAAGUGGGAUUCGGUCCCAUGGAACUUUUUAGUGGAAUCUGUUCCUCACCUACAGCCUCGUUAUUAUUCUAUUUCGUCUUCUUCUCUGAGCGAGAAACAAACCAUUUCCAUUACAGCUAUUGUCGAGAACAUGCCCAAUCCAACCUCCGAAAAAGCUCCACACGUUACCGGUGUGGCCACAAAUCUACUAAGACACAUUCAGUUGGCCCAGAACAAUGAACCUACGUCUACCCUGCCGGUUCAUUACGACUUAAGUGGACCUCGCAAGUUGUUUAGCAAAUUUCAAAUACCGGUUCAUGUGAGACGCUCCACAUUCCGCUUGCCCACAAACCCUGCUACACCUGUCAUUAUGGUCGGUCCAGGUACUGGUGUUGCCCCAUUCCGCGGUUUUGUCAGAGAUCGUACCAAGUUUGUUGAGCAGCAGCCUUCUGUCACUUUGGGAAAGCACCUUCUAUUUUACGGCUCUCGCGAUGAAAGAGACUUCCUGUACCAGGAGGAAUGGCCUGAAUAUAGCAAGAAGCUUGGUGAGUCUUUUGAACUGGUUGUCGCACACUCACGUUCGCCCGGCAAGCCGCGUUGUUACGUUCAAGACAAGCUUAUUGAGAGAGAAGAAGAGAUUUUCAAACUCGUUGCAAAUGAAGGAGCGUUCAUCUAUGUCUGUGGUGACGCUAAAGGCAUGGCUCAAGGAGUUCAUUCUGCUUUCGUAACUAUCUUAAGCAGAGGCAAAAACUGUUCAGAAAAAGACGCUGCCGAGAUUCUCAAGAUGCUCAAGUCUAGUGGAAAAUACCAAGAAGAUGUUUGGUGA